AUGGUACUACAUUUUAAUGGGAGAUACAGAAAAGUUAAGGAGUGUGACUUCCUGGAACAAGCAGAAGACGAGUUAGCGAAGUUCCACCAAAACAGCUGUAAACCCAACAGUGUUCUUGUCUUUCCUCCUCUAAAAGCACAUUAUCGCUUUCUCAUUCAUCAGCUUGUUGGAGAAGAUUCCAGGCUUCAUUCAGUGUCCAUAGGUGAAGGACAACAAAGAAGGACUGUGGUUUAUUUUGCCCGUGCCAGGUAUAUGUUGUAGGUAAUUUUUUUUUAGGUAAAUUUAAUUUUCACUAGGUACAAUUUUUUAACCUGGGUAAUUUUGCACCACAACAUUUUUUUCCAUUUGUUAUGGGGCAAAUUCUUGACUCUUUUUUGAUUGAUAACAAAGAUAGAGAUAUUGGGUUUUGCCAAGAUAAGGAUAUAAAAUUCUGAGAGUUCAAGAUUUCACUCCAAUUAGCCAGACACUGUCAGUCAGUCAAUGUCAUUCAGGGGAUUAGGUCAAGGGUUAGGGCUGGGGGUUAGGGUUAAGGGUUAGGGUUGGGGUUAAAGUUGAGGGUUAGGAUUAACGAAAAGGGUUCGGGCUAAGGGUUAGGGUUAGGGUUCAGGGCCGAGUUAUUCAAAGCUGGGUUAAGAUAACCCAGGGUUAGUGGGAGAUUUGAAUUCAGACUUGAAAGCUAAAAGGCAUUUCAGUUUUAAUUCAUUUUGUCUACAAGUUGAUGAUUGGAAGCUCUAAAAAUAGCACAGAAAAUUAUGGGAGAAAAUGCUUUCAAACACGAUAAAAAGAAACCCGGGUUAAGCACUCAUUGAUUUUCGAACAACUGGGCCCAGAUGUACUUAGCAGAUUGAAGUGGAGAAAAAGGUGGGAUAGAUUUUGAAAAUAAUGGAUGGUUUGCUGUCACUAUUAAAAUGCAACAAACAUAUGCAGUGGGGAUAAAUUACUGUGGCCAGUUUUUGAAAAACCACUCUAGUAAGGUAAAAAUGAGGGAAAGAGAUUGUCAACAACAUGUAGCUUAAAGAAGGGGUCCAAACCUCUCACACAAACAUUCUUUUGGCUUAUCACACAAGCUUCUUUUGAAGGAAAGCAUUAUGAAGCCCUUAACCUGGAUGGGCAAGAAAGCUCAUGACACUACUUAAGGAUACUGAAAAUGGAAACUCUGACUUUGAUAAGAAUAGUACUUUAGUAAAAGCCAGAAUUCAACUUACAGUGGAGCUCUGCUACUAAUCUCACUACUGAUUAAUUUUCAUAUAAAUUUCUAUUUCAAAAUAUCUGUUCCAGAUCAGUAAUUGAGAUGGCACAAUCUCCUUCAACUCCACAAAGGACAUUUUUUGGAAGAGGAAGAGGGAGGUAAUUACAUUCCGUGCCAUUACCUGACUAGGUUAAUACCUAUCAAUAGAGUCCCUAUGAGCAAAUAAACUACUUGUUGUUUAGGUAGCAUUUUACAGUUUCUUGGUCGCCUUUUAAAGUGAAGUUUUAUGGGAGAAUUCAAAUUACCAGUACUGGAAGACAGUUUUUUAAAAUUCUGAAUAAAUUCAUAUGGGCCAAAGCUGUUAUCUGAUAUGUGAAAUCUGCAAAACAUGUAUCACAUUACAUUAUUUUUCUGUCAAUUUAGAAACUGGAUGGAUUCAUUUGCAACACAGGUGUGUAACCACCGUGUUUGCCCAUUAGCACUUGUCACUGCAUUUAAGUUUAAGAACAAAAAAAUUCACUAAGCAAGUGAGACAACUAUAUAUACUGUAGAGGAAUCUACCAAAUUCCAGCUUGUCCUUUGGACAAGCAAAGCACUCUCACAAUUUGCUUACCUAGGGCCACUUCUUGCUCAUCUUAGUUAAUGAUUUUGUUAGUGAAUAGCUUCCCACGUAGAUGUGCUUAGGCAUUCGUCAUUGCAUGAUGAACGUCUGCAUAGGAGGCUAGUUAGUGAAUGACCUACCUAGACCCUUGCUCAUAACAAGUAAGCUUCAAAGAAGUUACUUGCCUGACAAGAAAAUCUACUUGUCCCAAACUCCUGGAUGGGAUUUGUUUGAGUCCUGCUUCAAGUAAACAUACCGGUAGUUUAAGAUACUGCAGAAGUCAUAAGUGUUGUAUGCGACUAAUUCUUACUAAUCACCUUUCUCCACGUCCCUUGCACCCCAUUAUUCACUGUUUUUCCACCAAGGAACCUGGUUUAGGCUAGAUCACUGUCAGCUACUUAACUUACGUCUUUUGUGACAUUCAAAUCUGUAAAUUAUUAUUAUUUUUGCCAUGAAAUCCUGCUAUGAGCUAAGAUCCCAUUUGCAGCCAUUUCUUGUAGAUGGCAGCCCCUGGGGAAUACAUUGACUACUUCCUUUUUGAAUGUUCUUUGCUAUAAAUAGGAAAACAAGACGACCUGACCAGCAGCUGUAUGUUCCAGGAGCAUUAAGACAGGCAAGAUGGGAACAGCAAGAGCAAAAAUUAAGUAAGGAAGGAGCAGUUGAAAGAGAGGAAAAUGAGAUUAUUUCUACAGACAAUGCUGCUGGUGCAGACGCAUUAUCCAGAUCCACAGUAGAAGAAUUCAGUGAUAAAUGUUUUGGACAGGAGUGUGACAGUCAAGUAGAUGAAUCUAAAAUUAAUGUGGUUGAUGGUACACAGGGAUCUGGUAAUAUACAAGAUCAACAGAGAAAUAUUAACUGCACCUCAAUUCGAGGAAUAUCAAGUGGAAGUUUGGGAAGAGAUGAUGUAAAUCAAAUUGAUGGAAAGGAGUUGAAAAAUGAGGAGGUAACUACAAUUGCAAGGGAUUCUACAAUGGCCACUUGUGAGAGUGCUCCUCCUUUAACUUACAUCACAGCAAAUAAUGGAAGUGGUUCUUUUGACAGUCAGUUUUUAAACACAGAAACUAAUGGUGACAAAUUUGAUGACAUCAAUUACAAAGGGGUCAUCGAUGGCACUGGAAGCUUACAGAUUUCUUCAACAUGUGCUGAUAGAGAUAACGGGGCUGCUGAAAAUUCGUCAGCAGAUGCUAGUGAGGACUUUAAGAUGUUAAAUAACAAAACUUGCAACGGUACUGAUCGUAUGACACUACAUAACCAAUUUGAAAGAGCCUCCAAUGAAAAUCUCGUAAGUGUAUUGAACCAAAAACAGGAUGACCCCUUGCUUAAAGCAAACAAAGGCUUGCUUGUGAAGGAAACGACAAACCAUCGUAAUGGAAUUAAAUCCAAGGUGACAGAGGAUGGAGAAGUGAUAUCUGAUCAUUUAUCUGAGGUUGCUGCUGUUGUUGAUGCAAAUCAUGAUCAUGGUAUGGCAAAGGUUGGGAAUGAUGAAAUUCGCCCUGACAUGAAAUCAGUCUCCUACAGUGAUGUACCAAUGACAUAUGGCAGUUAUGCUGUUGAUUGCAGCAUGGAAAAAAUCCAAAACAAAAUCAUUGGUCCUAAAAGUGUGCAGCAAUCUGCAUUAUUAAGCUCUGCGACUCAAGAAUACACAGAGUCUAAUUUUGGUACCAAUGUACUAACACUGUGUGAACAAAUGCCAGCUGCUGCUCUAACAGACAGUCUGCAAGAAACAUCUGGUGGUAGAACAGUAAGUAAAGAUUAUUAUCCAAGAGAUCAACAUAUAACUGAUAAUAGGCAUCCGCAGGAUGUGUCAGAAAAUGCUAACAGGAAAUUUGAUAAGACUGCCUUAGCAUUAUCAGAUUUAACUGGAAGUUACUCAUUUAGAACAUGUACAGAGGAAGUUACAGACAAAGCAGAGGUUGGGACAUCUCAAGUAGAUUAUAACUCUGAAGGCAAAGAUACAGUUAAUUCUGCAAAUGACAGAGAUACUUCUUCAGAAAAUACUAACCCAACUUGCUUGGUUGAGAUAAAUAGAGAAGUAGAGACAGUAAGCUGUGAUUUUGGUGGGAGAAAUUUGGACAAGACGAGUGAUGGUUUAGAAGGUAACUCGGAAGGAAAGAGAGAAAACAUUGAAGCGAGUUCAGGCAAAAUAGAAGACUUUUCAGACCCAAUUCCUGUGAAUGUGAGCAAAACUAACAAUGAACAAAAAACUGAGACAUCCAAGAAAAAGAAAUCAAAGAAAGAUAAAAGUAAAGAAAAAACAGAUGAGAAAACAAAAAACAAGGAAAAGGGUGAGAAAAAGAAAAAGAAAGAGAAGAAAGGUGAAAAAACUGAGAAAAGUGACAAAAAUGCAGAAGAGAGUGUUAAUAAGGGAAAGAAGUUGAAGGCAAAAGUUUUGUCUGAUAAGCAGGAUGAGAGAGAUUUGACCACAUGUGACAGAGAAGUGAGGGAAGAAUUAAGCACAAGCACCAAAGCUGGUGAGAAAUCUCAAAGUAAUUCAAAUGACGAUGGUGGUGAUGACAGCGAUAACUGGGAAUCAUUUUAUGAUGAGAGUGGGGAUUGUCUCAAUCCAGAACAUCUGGAAGAGGUCUGUUAAUUAAUACUUAAAUUUAAAUUUAAGAGAGAAAGGUCUUUGUUUUUAUCUUGAAGUUCCUUAAUUUCUACUUUAUAAUUUCAGGAUAAUUUUUGAUAAGAAGCUUGGAUUUUGUCACAUUCCUAAAACUGCUGGGCAGUUUUGCCACUGGUAGCCUGUGUACAGCCACCCCCUCCCUUCAGGGACAUCUGUGAUUCACCGUUGCUUAUCGUGUACAGGAAUAAUUUUGGCUCAUGCCUCAUGUCAUUCCAGUUUUCAAAAUGGUGAUAAUUUCCAUUGACUAAUCGAGAGAGUUUGCGACGUUUUUAAAAUAACUUCACUCUAUACCGAGCAAGAAAAAUGUUCACAAGCCCUUUUUGAACAAAAAGAUGUAUGCAAGCCUUCCCACUGGUAGCCUGCAACCAGGACGUAUUUCCAGUCGUGUUGACAGGCCAGACACAACUCACAAGCUCGCCAUAGCAUGAAAUGUGAUCUUUAUAUUUAAGAGUUUGCUUGAACAAUGGAGGGUUUCCUUCUUUUCUUUCUAGCAUGUCCACUAGACAAUGCUGAGGGGAGGGGGCGGCUGUACACAGGCUACCUAAUGGUGCAGUAUAAACCUCAGUUCUUCUAAAAUGUUGUAAUUGAUUUUCAUAGGAAAUGAAUCAUGGAAAUGAAUCUUGAGAUUGUUGAUGGGGACCUUUGGGCCUGAUUUAAAGAAGUUUCCAUUAAAAAUAAAAAAAAGGUCUCAACUCCUCCACUGACAGAUACUUAAUCAGUCAGAUACUUAAUCAACCAAAGAUGUCAUAUGAUAAUGUUAUAGACAUUAUCAUCACAUGAAAGAAAAUUUUGUCUCUCUGCUACUUUCUACAAGAGACAUAAGUACAGGAAAGAGAAAGGCUUUAAAAUAGGACACUACACUCAACAUAAAAUCACACUCUUUAUCCUCAGUCCUCUCAACAAUUUAAGUGAAACGUUUGAACCCAGGAGUCAUUUCAUAAGUAGAGGGAAUAUGAUCGUCCAGGUGAGUUUAAAAGUCCUGAAUAGGACUGCUGUCGACAGUGACUGAGACGUUUGGACAACCAGUACAGUAGUCAUCUUGAGAGUCAAAGUGAGUUGUAUCACAUCAGUUGAUGGUAUUAAAGUCUUGUUAUUGAUGUGAUUGGUCUGUUAAGUCGCAACAUUAUUACAAUAGUCGUGUUUCAAAGAUGCUAAAUGUCAUUGGUGCAUUUAGAUCUGUCUUUUGUCACAGUUUAACGGUCAUUUAUUGUUAGUCAAAUAAUUAUUAGUCGGUUUUCCAGUCAUUGCAUCCUUGUCAGUUUUGCUUGAGGCCAUCAAUAAUUUUUGUAUGGUGCCACUAACUGUUAACUGUGAUUGACAGGUUGUCAAAACGUCAUUUUACUGUCAACAACAGUCCUAUUUAGGACUACACCCACCCAGACGAUCAUAUUCCACCUUCUCAACAAUGUUACCAGUAGUCUUGUUUUGAUAUCUUGUCUUAUAUUUCAGUUGUCAAGGCUGACAGGAAUAGACAAUCCUGAGGUUCAGAAGACUCAGUAUGAUUUCUACUCUUUCACUCCAAGGGAUGUUGAACUGGAUGAUGAAGGUUUGGUUUUUGAACAGCAACACUAAAAUUUUUCUCAGUAUUUAGUAAAUCCCUUUCAUGUGGCUAGUUAGAAACUAGUCAAAGCCAGGGUGAAUGCAUUAUAGAAAAUAAUGUAAUUGAUAGACAAUUUAAUAUUAUAGCAAUUCAGACGACUCUCUCUCAAUGGAAACCUCUAUAAAACCAACAACUCAGUAAAAAGGACACCUAGAGUUGGUCCCUGCCUUUCUUUACUCCCUUUUUUGAUUCUCUUAGUCUAUAAGAUGGUGUCACUCUAACAGUACAUGGACACUAGGAGGACCAAAAUGAUGCCAAACUGCCAUCAUCUUGUUACCCCAAAUUUAAAGCAAUGAAAGACCACAACUGAUGUUUCUAAUAGAUACCGGUAAACAUAAUGCAGUUUUCUGACCAAUAUGAUGUAUGGUGGUCCUCAUUUGUAAGUCAAUCGUUUAUUUAAUGCACUGACUAGAAGGUCCAGUGAGGCAUUUUCAAAUCAUAAAACCUUUAAUUCUCUUCUAAGUGGAAGCUAGUGAAAAAAUCUUUUUUAAUAUCAAAGACUUAGUGCUUACUCUCACUUUAAAAAGAGUAUUAAUGCAUCUUAAGAAUUUUCGUUGUGAUAAGUAGUAUUCUUAUGAUAAACAUCAUCGUUGUAUCUUCCUCAGAGUUUGGACACAUUGUGGAAAUCUAUAACUUUUCCCCUGACUUAAAGACACAAGACUUAAUGCAAGCCUUGAGUAUGUUCAGGUACAUUUGCUUUGUAUUUAUCAUAAGUAACUUAAAUUACUAGUUAAUUGUUAACAGUUGGUGACAAAAUUGUUCUUACAGUGUGGUCAAUGACACAUUGCAGAAAAGGAGACAGUCUGUUCCCCUUUUCCCUUGCUUGAACUGCCUAGACAAUGACAAUAUGAUGGGCUUUGGUUCACAGACUAGUGGGGCUGGGGAAACCACAGGCUCCAUUCCAUCAAAGAAGUGACAAGCAAAGAGAAAAUUAUGUUCAUUGUUUUUGGGAUUCUAAUGAAUGACUGACAUCACAAACUGGCCUGAAAUUGCCACCUCAGCAUAAGAUUACUUGUGAAAGUCAUAGGAAAUUCAUCAAAGUACUAAUAUUUCAAAGGAAAUCUAACCCACAUCCAAAGAUGCCCAGAAGCAUCCAAGGAUUUCUAAGGAUUGUUAUUUAUUAAUAUAUUAGCAUCAAUUGUGAAAAGCAAUAUCAUUAGAACUCAAAAGUUGAAUUCAAUUUGUAAACAUGGUAAAGUAUGAAAAAUAUCAAUUUCUUUCUAGGAGCAAAGGAUUUGACAUAAAAUGGGUGGAUGAUACUCAUGCUCUUGGCAUCUUUUCAAGCCACAUUUCAGGUGAGUUGGUUAUUAAAUGGGCUCACGGCAUUUGAAAAUUGUGUUUUUGAGUCAAGAAAGCACAAGAAUUUCCCAGCCUUUCCUGCUCUUACUUGUUUAUCCCUGCCUCCUACUCAGGCACUUGGUAAUAAUUUUGCAUAGAGGUGAGCGCAAAACUUAUGUGACUGGUGAUCAAGCGCAAUGGACCAUACAUGUACCAUUUUGCAGUGCGCCAAUUUUCAUAGAGAGAGAUGUGUGGGUACAAGGCAGGUAUUUGCAAGGAAUUUACAUUGUGCUGCUGAAAAAAAAGAAAGAAAGACUGACGUGCUGCACCUGGCCAACCUGUCCUACGACCACUUUUUUACACUCUGAAAUCUUUGAACUGUUUUCUGAAACUUGCUCACUUUUCUUUUCCAUUUGAAAUGUUUAAACAGCUGAGGAAGCCAUUAAGUUGUGCUCAAGUCCUUUAAUGAAACUCAGACCUGUAAGUCAAGGGACACCAGAAUCCAGGAAGAAAGCAACAAACUGUUUUGGUAAGAUUAUGUUUAAUGUGUGAGUUACAAUAAGGAUCUCAUUCUUAAAUGAAAACAGAGUGAAAUUACAAUUAAAGCUGUUCUAAAGCUAUGGAGUAUGCCAGGUGUUUCUUGGUGUUGUGGAGUUUUGUGGUGUGGUUAUUGUUCAGUGUCUUUUCAAUCUUUUCUAUGACGUCAUCUGGUGAUGGCACCCAUGAGCAACACCAAGAAACUACCUGUAUAUGGCAGACCAACAUUCUGACGAGUGUGUUCAGACUGGAAAUUUUUUUUCUUUUCAACUUAUCAACAAUACAAAGUCGGCGGAGAUAAGUUUGCAAAAGGUGUAGGUAAGGCUAUACUGCAGGUGAGUGGUCAGGGUAGCUGUGAAACCCUGUGCACAGUAACAACCCACUCACUGGGAAAGCGGUAUUUUACAGAGUCCCUGUAAAUCAACUAACCCAACAUUUCAAGCAGGAAUUCACAGACCAGCAUCUUUUCAAUUUUAGAGACUCUAAAUUGUAUUUAGCCACAUUACAAUGUGUACAAUAAUAUUACCUUACAUUGUUUCCAGCGGUGGAAUUCAACUGCACCGCUCAUAAAAUGCCAACUAUUUAUUAAUCUACUAUUGUUUCAGAGUUCCUCCAACCAUACAAGGAAAGACCACAGACCAGCAAGUUAUUAGCUGACAGGCUGGUGACAGGUGCUCUUGGGAUAAGGUCUAAACUGACCCGGGAGGACAGAGUCAAGGAGAGGGAAAAACUCAAGGAGGCCAAAAGUAAGAUUAUGUCACAAAGCAGUACUAGUAACUGGCUAUUUUAAUUUAGUGUUCAGACCUGGAUUUCUUAGCUCUGAUUUCGACAUCACUGGUUUGCCCAGGAUGUGUGUCAAUGAACAGGAUCGCUACUUUAGGGUCACCAGACAAAAGAACAGAAUAUAGUGGGCAAGUCAGGGAACACUGUUCAUUGCAGAUGAAUCAGCACUAAGAUCUUGGUCUUCACAGAUUUUGUAGACCUCGGGAAAUCAUUGCAUUUCUGUUUGAACUUCGUUUGUGUAUAUUUGAUUUACAAAGGUUCGAUCUUGAAGGGUCUUGCUAAAAUCAUUCACUAGGUCUGCCCACUGCAGUGACAUCAGCAAUAAAAUUUAUUUUUUAGUUCUAAUUUCUCAGUUUACAGUGUGAAAUUGAGUGCCCCACCAGUGAGAAUUUUACUUUAACGUAGUAAUGAGCAACAUUUUAUUGGGUCCUAGCCUAUAGCAGGUGAGAUAAGGGGGUGAAUGGUGUUGUGUCUUGGCGGCAGAGCAAAUCACUUCACUGCAAGUAAAAAUACCUCGCAGCUAACCACCAAGAAAGUACCCCACACAUAACAAUCCACCAGUUAUGCCUGCUAAUUGGAUUGCAUCAAGUACAUGUCUUGGCUUUGCCUGAGGCUUGCCAUCUUUCUUCCUUAAUAUUUACAAUAGAAAAUUAUUUCUGUGUUGGUUUAAUUUCUUUGCAGAUAAAAAACAGCAGGAGAAAAUACAGAAAGCCCAGAUGUGGGGAGAUUAAAAUCUCUUCUCUCACCAAUGGAUGGUGUUAAUUUAUUAUUUUAAGGAGGUUUUAUUCAAUGUACAGUUUUUUUAUACACAUUUUAUCAUCAUGAUGUAAAAACGCUUAAGUCAACAUUAAAUAUUAUUUUCUCAUGCC